GCGCGUGGGAUAUAUAAAAACAUUCAGCUGACCAAGCGUCGUUUUCGAAGGAACCAUAAGCCAGUUAGCUCUCUUUCAAGUCGCGUUGAUAAUGGGAUUUCUUUUAUCUAAGCUUGUGAAGCUUUUCAGCAAUGAAGAACACAAAGUAAUCAUUGUGGGACUGGAUAACGCUGGAAAGACAACAAUACUUUACCAAUUUUUAAUGAAUGAAGUUGUUCAGACAUCACCUACUAUUGGAAGUAAUGUAGAAGAAAUUGUUUGUAAGAAAACAAAAUUUGUAAUGUGGGAUAUUGGAGGUCAAGAAUCAUUGAGAUCAUCAUGGAGUACUUAUUAUGCCAACUCUGAUUUCGUCAUCCUAGUUGUGGAUAGUACAGAUAGAGAAAGACUUCAUAUAUCUAAGAAGGAAUUACAUGAAAUGCUACAAAAUGAGGACCUCAAAAAAGCUAAAUUACUUGUAUACGCCAACAAACAAGAUAUCAAAGGUUGUAUGACAGCCGCAGAAAUAUCUCAACAAUUGAAAUUAACAUCUGUAAAAGAUCACACAUGGCAAAUACAAGCUUGUUGUGCACUCACUGGAUCAGGGUUAUCAAAUGGUUUGGAAUGGAUGCUUGAGAGCAAAAGAUGAUAGCAACAUGUGUGAAUAGUCUGACAGCUGCUGUGUGGCCGUACUACCGAUGUGUAGUGAUGUCACUGUCCCUGUGUUAGCUAGUUGAAGCUGGGAUAAAUAGAAGAUGAUGGUUGGUGCAUGCUUCAGUUCUCCAGAUUUUGCAUCCCCAUUCGUUCUGAAGAGGCUGUUGUAUAAAAUCAUUAUUUUAGUGAUGGGUAGUUUUGACUAUUAGUAAGCAGCAAGCGUAUGAUAUUAAUAUUCUCCCUUCAAACAUUUUCCUAUUUCUUGACUUAAUUUUUCCUAUACUUUUGAACUAUCAACUAUUGUGCGGUGUGUACUGUUUUUAAAUAUGCCAAACUUGCCAAUUACUGCAGAUAUUUUUCAUUUGAAAAAUCUUAUUCAAACUACUGGCUGCAUGAUAGAAUUAUGACUGGUCAUAUUCAAUGAAGUUUAAAACAAGUCAAAUGUGUCAAAUUUAUCAAAUAUUAUUACUUAUAAUUGCAUUUUUGCAGAGUUAUUUCUUGGAAUAUAUCGUUUCUGUCUGAAUUGACUGCCUGUUUAAAAUUGUGCUAUGUUCAUAUCAUUAUGAAUUAAUAACAUCCUUUACAUUUGGUCUGCAUAGAAAACAUAAUAUAAAACAAAAUGCAACUCUAGUAAAUUUCAGUGUUUAUGUGAUCGAGGUUGUCACCCAUACAUUGCAAUUAUUUAUUAUAAAAAACGUUCAUAUUUGUUGUCAACAUAUAAUUUUAUUAUUAUUGUUUGAGGUAUUUUCAUUAAUUAUACAAAAUCAAAAAUGUUUAUUAGAAAUAUUAGACUUAAAACAUUAUAUUUUAGAUUGUUAUCUAGGUUUUAUGAAUCUGUAACACCAUAUUGAUAUUUCUUCAAACUUUUUGGAAAUAUAAAACAUCUCAUUGUUCUUAACUCACAGUCUAUGUUCAACAGUUGAAAUAUGGAAUUGCAAUGACUUAUUUUGUGAGUGCCAUAUCAUGAAGCAUUUAGGCAGUGUUCUCCUUUGCAUGCAUCAAUGUGUUCCACAAAUUAUGAUGUUGUCUGUGCUUCCCACAUGUAUUUAGGUUUAUCUUACAAACACUUGUAUUCUUUCAGAAAUGUGUGUACUUAUUGAUGUGUUUCUGUCCAGCAUGAAUAUUCGUAAUCCAGAGGGAUGAUAAUGAAUAUGGUUUCAUAUAAUUCCUAAAUUCAAGCGUUUCAUCUAUAUUUUUUCUCAAGUCAUCACAGUUUUGGCUUCCAUUCAUUUAAUUUCAUAUGACUUCCAUGAAAAACUUCCAAAUCACUUGCUGACUGUAGGUUAUCAUAUAUUUUGCAUACAACAAUGCUGCCGAGGGAUAGUUAAUCAAUGGCCAGUAGUCUUUCGUGUUUCAAUUAAUAUUCUACCAUUCCCGAUAAAAAUGGAAAAAAAACAUCUUUUGUUUUACAUGAAAUCAAAUACUCAGAAUAUCCGUUUCGCAAGUUUUUAUAUACAUGAAAUGUUCAAUUUAGUCAAUCGGCCCUUUUUUUGUGAUGUGCUGAGUUACCAUUCCCAUAUUAUACCUUGUCUGGGCAGCUUUCUCAGAUAACGUCAUAGAAAAGUACAUAUUUUCAGCAAUUUUGUUGUGGAUAUAUGAUAUCGAUAUUGUGGUUUUCUUUUAUUUAACACCAACAUAUGAGAUUGUCUGUAUAGUGCAGACGAUUUCAUUGAUUUUAUUUAGUGUGGUUUCGUUCUCUAUUAAUAAAUACACUUGUUUGCUUAAGCACUUCAAGCCUAACGCAUAAAUGGUUCAUUACCUGUAUAAUGGAUUGAUCGUUUAUCUGCCUAAUAAUCUGUUUUAUGUUUACACAAUAUUUUGGUGUAUUUUUAUGUGAAACUCUGUUAAAUAUAGUAUAUUUAUUGUGACGCCA